UCAAACGAUCGCAUUUUAUUGUGUGUUAUCGAACGCUGUGGACAUUUCUUCUCGAUAAAUUAUUGUAAAUUAUUUGAUUGAUCAAUUUGUGUUGUGAUGUCUGUCAAAGCGAAUAAUAUGAACGGAACCAAGGCUUUUCCACCGGCCAAAAAAGCCUUACCUGAGGUGGAAACGGAAACCAACGGAAAUGGACACAAAAUGUACUCUUAUGAAAUGUUGGAGGAGAUUUCGAAUUUCCUGUUAUCAAAGACAAAAAUUAGACCUAUUAUAGGAAUCAUUUGUGGCUCUGGAAUGGGUUCGUAUUGGAAAGAUGGUUCGUUGGCAGAAAACAUAACAGAUGAAGAAUGUAUUCCAUAUGAAGAAAUACCUAAUUUCCCUGUUAGUACAGUAGAGGGUCAUCACGGUCGUCUUGUAUUUGGUCGUUUAGGAGAUAUCCCAGUGGUGGCUAUGCAAGGACGUUUCCAUUAUUACGAAGGAUACCCUCUAUGGAAGUGCUGCCUUCCCAUUAGAGUAAUGAAACUGCUUGGUGUAAAAUCCUUAAUUGCAACCAACGCAGCCGGAGGAUUGAACCCUAACUACAAAAUCGGUGACAUCGUGAUUGUAAACGAUCACAUUAAUAUGAUGGGAUUCGCUGGCAAUAAUCCCCUUCAUGGACCCAAUGACGAGAGGUUUGGACCUCGGUUCCCACCUAUGAACAAAGCUUACAAUUAUGAAUACAGAAAUAUCGCCAAAAAGGUGGCAAAGGAAUUAAACUUCGACAAUAUCGUCAAAGAAGGUGUCUACACUUGUUUAGGAGGACCGAACUUUGAAACAGUAGCAGAAUUGAGAAUGUUAAAAAUGGUCGGCGUGGACGCUGUUGGAAUGUCUACCGUACAUGAGGUGAUCACAGCACGACACUGCGACAUGAAAGUGUUUGGGCUAUCCUUAAUAACAAACGAGUGCAUUACCAAUUACGAUGUUGACACAGAAGCAAACCACGAAGAAGUAUUGGACGUUGGCAGAAUGAGACAAGACAUUCUUCGUAAAUACAUUUCUAGACUCGUGCAAGAAUUUGGCAAAAUCGAACUAAGCAAAUGAUGAUGUGGCUACUUAGUACCGGGAUUAAUUCGUAUUUAUUCAAUAAAAGGGGCCAUCAGGAUGUUUCCGCUAAAGCAGAAUAUAAAGGCAGUCUCCUUCUUAUUAGCAAAGAUAAUAAUUAUAUUAUAAGUUUAAUAGAUAAUAGCUGAAUUAAAUCUAAACUGUUCAGUUUUGUACCAGUUAUGCACAAAAUUAUCUAUGAAAUACCUACUUAGUUAGUGCGAAAUAAAAAUAUUUUGUGUAGGUCACUAAUCUUGUACCUUGUGCCACUUUGUUCCGUGAUAUGUACCUACUUCCUUAUUUUUGCCGUUCAAGUUAAUCAUAUUUACGUCUUGAUUAUCAUGUAAUUAUUUUUUUUUACGAUUUGUAAGCGAAUCAUAACGUCCUGUUAUAUUUUUUAACACUAUGAGCAAUGCAAAAUUAUGGAUAUAAUUCUGAACAUUAUAUUAUAAAUGACAUUAACCGAAUUUAAUAUAUUUGUGAUCGAUAGGCUAAUUAUUUUAGUUUUUAACAAUAAUAAAAGAUUAGGAUAAAUGA